AUGAAGAACCGGCUUGGUUUUGCGAUAGUUUUGGUGCUGUCAGUGGUUUGGCAAGCGCAGGCCGCCGUCAACUGUACUUCGACGGGAGCCGGUCGAUUCGCCGACCCCGACGACACGACCUGCCAGAACUACACGCUGUGUGUGUACGUCUCGUCUACUGCUUCCUACCUGUCCUACAACUAUGUGUGCCCGACCACGUCCGUCUUCGAUCCGAGCACGAGCAAGUGCACCGCCUCAGGCAACUACGUGUGCAACGUAACCACCGCCUCGAACACGACCAGCUCGUCGGUAUGCACAGCGGACGGCUACGUCGCAGACCCGAGCUCAACGAACUGUACCACUUACAUAGAGUGUGUCGAGAUCAAUGGAACGUACACGGAGACCACGCUGACCUGUCCCGACGACACGUACUUUGAUCCGAACACAACGCUUUGCGAGUCAGACUACAACUGCACCAGCUCAGACAACACCACGUUCACAUUCAGCUGCACCGCAGCGGGCCGAUUCGCCGAUACCGCAGACACCACUUGCCAGACUUACUACCUGUGCGUGAGUUACUCUAACGGAACCUAUGCACAGUACGAAUACACUUGUCCUACCACAUCAGUGUUUAGUCCAACUGCUAAAGUGUGCACAACUUCGUACACAUGCACGACGAGCUCGGGA